AGUAUUGUUAGAGUUAAGUAAUGUUUAGAAUAUUAAUGUUACUAUAGGUUAGUAGUGUUGUCUGUUAGAGAUAAGUAGUUCUUCUAGAGGCUAGUAGUGCUAGAGAUUAGUCGUUUUUGUGGUAAGUCAUUUUUCUUUUCAUCUGAAUCUGAAACCUCCCCAAUUUUGUCAUUCCUGUGCCCAGGGCUCACAGUGACAUUUGGGAACAUGUCAAUAAGGAUUUGGCUAGAUGGGAAUGCAGUGGAAGUGUUGGGAUUGAGAUGAUUCCCAAACCAGAUCCUGGAUCCUUACUACACAGAGUUGGAGGUAGGGCUGGAGUCAACACUCUGAUGUUCCCCUGGAGCAGUAGUUCAGGUUGUGCAAGGAUUGUGUGAAUGUGUGAAUGUGUAGUGUGUACAUAAGGACAGUGCCACAAGCGUGACCGGCUGCUGUUUGUUACUCGUGUUUGUACAGCGACACCUGAACAUCCUAUUGGAGAAGGAACAACAUCUCCGGCAACUACUGGUCACACUGACAUGUCUGGCCAAUGGCACGACUUACUCCUUGGCUCUAAGGGCAGGGGACGGCUCAGCCUAUAACUCAGCACCGGCAACUCCACGUACUCUCAUACAGGCCACCUGCUGCUGUUUACUAGCCACAGCUACUGGGCAAGGCUGGCACUAGAAUCAAUCCACUGGCACACAUUCCUGGCAAGGCACUGGAAGAUACUGGGCAAAUCAAGCAUUGCCAUUUAUUGGUCUGGCUGGAUACCAGGGAAAAGGCAUUGGCACAGAAUGCACUGAAGGCUGAUGGGCAGAGACUGGUGCAUAUUGACAUUGGCACUAAGGAUCUUCGACCCCCUAUUGCAUCUGGGACACAAAAUGCACAGCAAUUAAUAGGGGCACCUACUUCACUUCAUCACCCUGGAUGGGCACCACGAUGCCUGGCACAUCUGCAGCUGCACUCUUCUUGCUUUGCCAGCUUGUGGCGGCCCAACCUGGAAUUCCCCUCGGAUCUUCUCUUCAGUUUCUCAACCCACCAGACAAGGUUUCUGAGGGACAUGUUGUGCAGGUUCGGUAUCACUGUCAGGAGAGGCAGCUGGUACAUGUAGAUAUAAUUGCCUCAUCCCUCACUGCUUCAUCUGUGUCUGUGUUUAAGAAAAGAUGGUCAUGUGGUCCCGAAGAAGAACAGACUGUUAAAAAAAUCCGCUUGGACUUCCCAGACCAGAUGGUCUACAGAGAAGACUACUUUCUAAGGAAUUCCAUAUUUGUCCAUGAUGUGUUUCUGAGAGCUUGGAUAUCUGAUUAUUCUCGUGAUUAUACCAGUACAUCGGAUUGGCUCUCCUACAACAGGGGGCUGGUACAGAAAAUCCACUAUGUUCAAGCUGUGCCCCCCUAUAGCCGCCCCUACAAACCGCCCAGCAGAUCGCUACGUUGGGACCAGCAGCUCAUUUGGGACCUGAGAAAAGACAAAUUGCCCCAGUGUCAGGCUGAGCCAGAGGUUGCUCAUCUCCUGGAGUUUGUUUAUGCAUCAACUGGGGAGGACUUUGGGGUGCUGAGGACCCUGGAGCCAUACAAGAAUCUGGUUCUAGAGAGACAGAGGAAAGCCUCCAUCAGCUCUCCACGAUGCACCUUCUCCACUUGGCUGUACCUACUGGAGGGCUGUUCUAGAGGGACCUGUGGCUUGUUGUACCAUGUUGGUGAUGAUGGUGACUAUUCUUCUCCAUCUGUGCUUCUAAACAGUGAAGGUCAGUUGCAUGUUCAGGUUAAUCUGAUGUAUGGGCAAAACUAUGCCUUUCAAAGUUUUGUGUCCCUACCCCUGAACCAGUGGUGCCAGAUCCACCUCACUUUGGACAACUUUGUGGCCAACCUCACAGUGAUAUGUGGUGACGACCCCCCCAGCAUGAUGUCCUACAGAUUCCCGAACAGCGUGUAUCUGGAUGAAACCGCGGGAUACUUUAGUCUGACUGGAUCCCAGUUUGUUUCUGGGAUAAUUGGGUUCCUGGGGCCCACUGUGUAUUAUAGGAACAAGAUAACUUUCAUUAGAAAGGCAAGUCUCCCCAAGCUUCUUCAAAGCCUCCAUCUGUCCCACUGGCACAACAUGUGCCGAGACUUCCGGCAACAUUGUGAAGGCCGAUACCUGUCCUUUCUGUCUGCAUCAAGAUUGCAGCCACCUCCAGGGACCUGCAGGGAUGUGUUCCAGGAGCUUGUUUCCCACUCUAGCACAAUAUCUUCUGGACCAACGUGCACAGCCAUGGAGGCACCCGCAAUGCCAAAAAGAGCCACUGUCACAAGGCUUCUGAGACGAAGAGCAGAACUGGAGGGAGGGGCACAACUGAACAUGGAGCGGAUUGGAAGAGCCCUGUAUCAUAUCUACAUGAGGAAAGUUCUCUCCACCAAUGGUCUGUCUCGUAUGAAGGGUCUCAUAAGCUUCUUGUUACAGGCCGGCUGUCUGGGAUAUCAUCCUGCCCUGUAUCUUGCCUCGGUUCUCUUCCAGACUGGUUUUGGGAUUAAAAUGGACCCAUCCAAGGCUCUAAUGCUCAAGCUCAUUGCCGCACAGAAGGACGAUCGUCUCUCGCUCAUGUCUCUUGGCCACAAGCACCACAUGGGUGGAGAUGGUUACCCAGUAGACUACGAACUCUCUUACGCCUAUUAUGCCAAUAUCGCCUUCCAGUCAACAGAAGAUCGGCUGCAGCCAAACAGAGACCAGUCCUAUGUAGAGAACAUCCGCCUGAUUGAUGAUGAAGUUCUAAAACUGCAGACAAAGGAGGAUGAUGAUCUCUUCAUGUGGCUACGAUACCAGGCCAAGAAAGGUGUUAUCUCUGCACAGCAAAGUGUGAGCCGAAUGUUGUACUGGGGACAACAGGGGAUCUCCUCCAACCUCCAGGCUGCUGCUAAGUUCUAUGAGAAGGGGGCCAUGCAGCAGAAGGACCCAGUAAUGAUGUAUGAUUAUGGGGUGGUGCUGCUCAGGGGCCAAGGGGUGAAGCAGGAUAUACCAAAGGCUUUAGAAUAUCUGAAGAAAGCGGCCGAUAUGAGCUUUGUUCCAGCCAUUAACAGCCUGGGCUGGUAUUAUGAGAGGUAUGAGGGAGAUUAUGGGAAAGCCAUAGAAUACUGGGAAAGAGCAGACGAACUCUGGAAUGCGGAAGCUGCCUUCAACCUCGGCAUUAUGUACUUUAAUGGGUUUUAUCCUGGCCAAGGCAGAAAUUAUACUGCAGCGUAUCACUACUACCUGAAAUCCGCAACCCGUGGUCACAUCGAUGCAGCUGUUCAUGUCUCAUUUUUCUGGAUCAAAGGGAUCCCUGGGCUGGUACCACGAAAUCCUCGUGAUGCAGUUGUGUGGACAAAAUGGGCUGCAGAGCAGAACGGGUAUUUGGGGAUGCAGUUACGGAAGGGUCUAGAUGGGUAUCUCAAGCUUUCCUGGCUGGAGUCCCUUCUCCAUUACAUACAAGCAGCAGAGGCCGGCUUUGAGAUUGCCCAGUUCAAUGCAGCGUAUAUCUGUCAGCAUGACCCGGACGGCCUCGUGAGUCGCUAUAUCCAUACAGACUGUAUGUGGAAAUAUUACAACCUGUCAGUGUCAAGUGCCUCCCCAUCGUCCUAUGCCCAGAUCAAGAUGGGGGACCUGUUGUACACGUCUCACAUCAGGAGAAAGCGCAAUGUUCAGGCUGCAGUGCAGAUGUAUAAAGCUGCCGCUCUACUGAAAGACCCCCAGGGUCUCUAUAACCUGGGUAUCCUGGUAGAAGAUGGGGUCCCAGUGCCAUGGUCCACCCUUCAUGAGCUGGGCUUCAAUAGAUCCACGUGCACCAAUAACUACACCAUCGCUAUGGAGCUGUACAGAAGAUGCCGAGACCACGAGAGUGACGAAUCGUACGUUCCCUGCAGCCUGGCUCUCAUCAAUGCUCAGAUACAAUAUAUAUGGGCUUUCCACGGCAUCCUGCUCAAGUGUUCGAGUGCAGCGGCCAUUGCCAUUGUUACGGUGCUCAGUCUUGUGACUAUUUUGGGGAGAUUACGUCAGGGAGCCCUAAUCCAGCAGCAAUCUGUAUGAGACUCCACCGCCUGGGAAUGAUGUGGAGGAAGUACCACGAUCUGCAGUUCCAGAAUGUUCUAUAAUAUUGAAGCCCCUCAUUGUUCUGCCGCUCUACACUGUUCCCUAAUGGGGAGGGCCCCUAAUAAAAGGCUGUUCCACAUGUUCCCAUAAUACGAAUUAUUGGCAUUAUAGGUUCUGUGCAGGGAAACCAAUAAAAACAAUACAGGGAUGGGAUCUGUUAUCUGGGGGUACCAAAAAAGACAAUAUAGGGAUAGGAUCUUUUAUCCAGAAUGCCUGGGAUUAGGGGGUAAAAAUAAAAACAGUACAGGUAUGAGAUCUCGUAUCGGUAAUACUUGGGCCUGGGGGGAGAUUACUAAUAAAUACAGUAUAGGUAUAGGAUCUGUUAUCUGGAAUACUUGGGACCUAGAGGGGUGCCAAUAAAUAAUGGUGUGUAAGGGUUUUCCAUCAUUUGGAUCACGUCACCAUACUUUAGGUUUAAUAAAAAAAAAAACACAUAACAUGAAAUAAACCCAAGGUACUGCCUUAUUAUUACAAAGAAACUGGAAACUAUUUUUAAAAACGAGGACUAUGUGCUAUGGGAGAUGUAAUUCAGAGCAUUCUGGAUAUUUUAUGCCUGUAUGUAUGGCCUGGGGUCACUCAGUCGGACACAGUAUGGGAACUUAACCCCCAGAAGGGCCCCCAUAGUUGGACAGAUGCUCAGUAAAUAUACAAAUCCCAUAUAACUGGGUAAGUGACACCAGUGGAAUGCUGGGAGUCUGUAAUCCAACACUGGCUGGAGGAUCGCAGGUGGGAACCCCCCCCCCCGUCUUCCUUUUACUUCCAGUUCCUCUGUUUGGCAAAGCAAAUCAGCAGUGACUGGGCCACAGAGCUCACACUUGUCCCUUUGGGUUUCCCUGGGGUCUGGAUUGGCAAUUGGGGCCAAAAAGUGUAAGAUGCAACAUAUAAAAA